AUGAAGCUCCUUGCAUUAUUUGUAGCGCGUUGCGCAGUCGGGUGCGAGUCUCCCGUCAUAUUUCUUUCUUACGCCUUCGACCUCAGCAGCUACGCCUUCUAUCAGCGAGGCACUGUUAAAGAAGCAUGCAAGUUUCUAGCCAGACUGGCCAUCCCUAGGGUGAGCCCCACAGCGAGAGAGAUAAUAACUCAUGAAGGCAGCAUGGCCUUCGUGCGUCGCUAUUUGGACUCGCUGGCGGUUGUCGCUAUCACAGACGAAGCCUACCCUCCACGGCUUUUUUUGCGAGAAAGACGUCUGUACGUGAUUCGCUUCUUUCGUGAAUACGAGGUCCUUACACUCUGCCGAGCAGUAGUCAUCGAAGAGUCAACAGUCACCUCUUCUUAUCGCACUGGUGAUCCACGCGGGAUGGAUCAGACCACCGUCGCUCUUGAAAAGGCCGAGAACGCACAGGUAGAGGUACGGCGCACGAUCGACGCCAUACUCCGAAAUGGAGAGGACCUGAACGAGCUGGUGCAGAAGUCGGAUGAUCUUUCUUUGGCUUCAAAGCAGCUCUUCAAGAGCGCAAAGGAAGGCUCGUAG